AUGUCUACUACCCAAGAUGAGAUUAUCAUUGCGCCCGUCGAAACCGAGCAAGACAUUAGACAGGCCAACUACUGCGUUUCCGAGGCAUUCGGCCGUCAGGCAAAAGAUGCCGUCUGGAUCCUUAUGAACCCGGGUUGGGAUACCGAAGAAGGGCAGGCUGGUCACGCGGAAGGCAUGAUCCAGCGGUGGAGGUCAGGGACUACCAACAAGGACGGUCAACCCAACAAGAUCUACCUCAAAGCCACUCUGCCGGAUCCAGAGAAGCCUGGACAGCGCAGAGUGGUCGGCAUGGCUAUUUGGCAGCAGCUCUCUGAUGUCGACGGCUACGGCGAUUCGUUCACAGGUGACAUGACAGAGGCAUUGGCGCAGCUCGAUGGAGCCAACAAGCGCUUUGCAGACCAGAUGUUCAAGUCGCUGUGGAAGAGGCGGAUCGCAUACAUCAAGGAGGUCUCUCAGCGCAAGGAUGGCAGACCACCUGCCAUCUUCACUUUGGAUCUGUGUGCUGUGGAUCCCGCAUAUCAACGACGUGGCAUCGCAGGCAAGCUUGUGCAGUGGGGACUCGAGGAGGCGAAGAAGCGAGGUGAGCUGGAGUGCACAACGGAAGGAAGCGCCAUGGGAAGAGCAGUCUACAGGAAGCUGGGUUUCAAGGACGAGGGCGAGGGCGAUAUCGUCUUCGAAGUUGAAGACGAAUUCCAGGACUGGGACAAGCCACCCAACGUUUUCCUGCGAACCGGUGCUUAG